AUGCGUUAUGUACGUGAGCGCUUGUAUCAGCAUACUCGCACAUCUAUUUACAUUUCUGCAUUAGUUGCAUCAUGCAUUGCAGACAAAGCUGAAGACGAUCGUGAGUCAAUUUUUCGCUUGUGGGACCUUACACCUCUCUGUGGCAAUCUUCUUGAGGAUUCCACAGCUAAUCCAUUCACUCUGAGUGUCGGCAUACUCACUUAUAAGGUGGCACGUAAUCUGAUGCGUCGUUCGGUGCAGAAACGUCCCAAACGUAUCGCAAAUGCUGCAUUUCGGUUAUUAAACGUGUGCUUGGGUAUUAUCGACCAUAAAAAGCAUCCACAGGUAGUAGCAUGUGUGUAUUAUUUGUUGGCCAAUCUAUAUCUCUCUUAUGGAUGUGAUGGGGUGAAACGCACUGACAUCCAGGAGGAAGAGUUAGAACGAGCUGAACCGCUGUGGGCCUAUGAUGACGAAUGGCAACGUGAAUAUGGCAAAGAUUAUGCUCAUUAUGCUGAUAUAUCGGUGAGAAAGUACCUUAGUCAUUAUAAUUAG